AUCAUAUAGAUUAUAAUCAUGGUAGAAGAAGAAUCAAGCCCUUUAGUUUCUCCACAAAAUUAUGAGCACAAAAAUGAAGAACCAAAAGAGAAAAUUGAAGAAAGUAAUACACUUGCAAUUGUUCCAAUUUUAGAUGAUAAAGAGAAAAUAUCUUCCCAUGUUCAAGAAAAGGGAAUAGAUUCUGGAAUUCAGAAAAGUACAGGUGGUUCCAAGGACACAGAUACUGCACUUGCAAAGGUUGAAUCAGAGAAAAGAUUGGCUUUGAUCAAGGCAUGGGAAGACAAUGAAAAAACAAAAACUGAAAACAAGACACUUAAAAAGUUAUCAGCAGUUGGAUCUUGGGAGAACACAAAAAAGGCAACUAUAGAAGCUGAACUGAGACUAAUUCAGGAAGAAUUAGAGAAGAAGAAGGCAGAAUACGCGGAGAAGAUGAAGAACAAGAUGGCUGAAAUUCACAGAGAAGCAGAAGAAAAGAGAGCAAUGAUUAAGGCGAAAGAAGGCGAAGAUAUUCUCAAGGUUGAGGAAAUUGCUGCUAAAUUUCGUGCUACUGGUAAUAUGCCUAAAAGUUCUUGA